AUGCAGGCGGCGCUGCGGCAGCGCCUGGGCAGGGCGCGAUGGGUGCUCCGCGCCGCCGAGGCGGCUCCGCGGCCUCGCUGCGUCGGGCCGGGGCGGUGCUGGAGCUGCGGUAGCCCCCUUCCCGGCGACGAGGGGCUGCCGCACUUCUGCCCCGGCUGCCGCGCCCUGCAGCCGCCGGGGCCCCGGCCUGACCUGUUCCGCCUGAUGGAGUGUGACCGCUCCUUCCACUUGGACCCGCAGCGGCUGCAGCGCCGGUUCCGGAGCCUGCAGCGCGCCCUGCACCCCGAUCGCUUCGGCCAGAGGCCACCGAAAGAACAGUACUACUCUGAGCAACACUCCUCCUUGGUCAACAAAGCCUACCAGACCCUCCUGAACCCUUUGAGUCGUGGCCUCUACCUGCUGGAGCUGAAUGGAGUAGAGCCAGUACAAGAGACAGACUGCGAUGGAGACUCAGUGUUUCUCAUGGAAAUCAUGGAAGUUAAUGAGAAAUUAGCAGAGUCUAAAAAUGAAGGUGUCCUUGAAGAAAUUGAAACUUUAAUUAAAGUUAAACAAGAAGAACUGACCAAAGAAGUGACUGCAGCUUUUGAAAGAGAUGAUCUUCAAGAAGCUAAGAAGCUUCUAGCCAAAAUGAAAUAUUUUGCAAACUUAGAGGAUAAACUAAAGAACAAGAAGAUCCCUUCCUGAUACUGCCUCCUUUACCAAUAAGAGUUAACGAAAAGAUCUGUUUUUUGUCUCAGGAAUUACAACAAAGAUGAAAGCAGCAACUAAGGAGCACUCCAGUAAGAACACCACAAAACAAUACUGCUUCAGUCCAUUCUGAAAAUAAAAUGCAUUUGAGUGCAACAUAUUUGAAGUGUAGUAACAGUGGGUUUGGGAAUAAAGAAAGCUUUUUGUUUCCUUUCAUACAUAUUUUAAGAGCAACUGAAUCUAGUUAUACUUGGGUGAGGGGUAGUAUGCAUCCUCUGUUUAAGUCUUACCAUGUAAGAAAAAGCAAUUUGUUAGAACCUCAGUGAAGCUUAAAUGGCAGAUGAGGCAAUUAAGAAAAUACUUACCACUAUGAAGGGAAAAAG